AUGAUUCAGUCCUCAUUUGUCUCAUUUUCUAACCAUUCAAAGCUUGAGGUCAUUUUAAGUGAUAAUAACGUAGUAGCGAUAGAAGAUGAAUCUCAAUCCUGGAUUCCAAAAUUCCAACCGAAGGUUUUUAGGUUGUCAAAUUGUGAUGGUGUUGAUACAAUACCCUAUUUCUUAUAUUACCAAAAUGACCUGAGAGUAAUUGAUCUCUCUCGCAACAACUUAUCAGGGAAGUUCCCCACCUGGUUGUUAGAGAACAAUACCAAAUUGGAAGCACUUCACCUUCAACAUAACUCUUUCACAAGGCCUUUUCGAUUGCUUUCUUAUCCUAGGCCUCUUACUUUGGAAUUAGAUGUUUCUAACAAUUGCAUAAAUGGUCAAAUUCCUAUAAAUUUAAAUGUGAUCUUUCCAAGCUUAGAGAGUUUGAACUUGUCCAAUAAUAUGUUUGAAGGUCAUAUUCCUCCCUCUUUUGGUGAUAGUAGGUCUUUAAAUGUCUUAGACUUAUCCAACAAUAACUUGUCUGGAGGAAUACCAGAACAUUUGGCCAUGGCUAACAACUUAUUUUUCCUCAAACUAUCAAACAAUUGCUUGCGUGGUCGAAUACCUGCCAAUUUCUUCAAUUUGUCCAGUGUGCAAUGGUUAUAUUUGGACAACAACUCCUUUAUUGGAAAGAUACCAGAUGGUUUGUCUAAUGCCUCCUGGUUGGAGGCUGUGAAUAUUAGAAAUAAUUAUUCGUCUGGCGUGCUUCCACAAUGGAUAGGGAAUAUGUCAUCGUUGAUGGAAAUAAGCUUAGCCAAAAAUCAGCUUCAAGGUCCCAUUCCAGUUGAGUUGUGCAAACUUGACAAGCUUCAAUUUUUAGAUCUUUCUGAAAAUAGCUUGUCAGGCUCUCUACCAGCUUGUUUUAACCCUCCAAACAUUACUCAUAAUAGUCUUUCUAGUUCUAUUCCUCGUUGCCUGGCAAACAUGACUUUUGGGUCAAACCAUGCCAAAUAUUUUGUUAAGCAGGGCGGUAUCCUCGAUUUGAUGUCAGGAAUUGAUUUUUCUUGCAACCAAUUAAUAGGUGAAAUACCACCACAAAUUGGGAACAUAAAUCAGCUCCACAUGUUAAAUCUAUCCCACAACAUUCUCACUGGAUCAAUUCCAGCAACAUUUUCCAACCUAAGAUAUAUUGAGAGUUUAGAUCUUUCCUAUAACCACUUGAACAGAAGUAUCCCCUCCAAAUUUACUGAGUUGAACUCCUUGGAGGUCUUCAGUGUAGCGCAUAACAACUUAUCUGGUAAAAUUCCAGAUUUCAAAGCUCAGUUUGCUACAUUUGACGAGAGCAGUUACAAGGGAAAUCCUUACCUUUGUGGACCUCCAUCACAUAACAAUUGCACCGAUAUCCAAGAACCAUUGUCAAUUCAAAAGGAUUCAAAGGAUGAGCAAAAUGGUGGUGGUUUCAUUGACAUGGAUGUUUUUCAUGUGAGUUAUUUUGUGUCUUAUAUAAUGGUGUUGUUAGGAACAUUAGCAGUUCUUUAUGUGAACCCUGACUGGGAAAGGGCAUGGCUUCAUUUCAUUGCAGUAUGGAUGACCUCUUGUUACUAUUUUGUUAUCGAUAGUUUUCGUAAGCUGCUUAAUGUGUAA